AUGCCUAACAGUGGGGAGAGGAAACUUGUAGAGUUUGCCUCCAGUAGAAAGAUACCAGGUCAUCAAGUGAAAAGAUGGGGUUGCCAUCCCACAGUUAAAAAUUCUGGACCUGAGUGCGCACCGGCCUGGCCUGCUGCUGCCUGUGCCCUGGCUCCAGGGAGUGUCUCCAGUGUUUCUUCCUCCUCCUCUUCUCCCUCCAUGGACACAUCACCUUCUGGAUCAUGUGGGCUCCCUGGGGCUGACGAGCCAGGUCCAAGUUUCAGCAGAAUCCAAGUAGGCCAACGGAACCCAACGAUGCUACACAUGGUGCUGGAGGCUCUAAGGGCCGGGGAGAAGCGCCAGGGCACAUCAGUCGUAGCCAUCAAGGUCUAUAUCCAACAUAAGUACCCAACAGUGGACACCACCCGCUUCAAGUACCUGUUGAAGCAGGCUCUAGAAACCGGAGUGCAUCGCGGCCUCCUCACCAGGCCUGCCAACUCCAAGGCCAGGGGUGCCACUGGCAGCUUCAAACUAGUUUCCAAGCCCAAGAAAAAGAAAUCUUGUGCCCCGAAAGCCCGCAGGGGAGCUGCAGGCGCCAAGGAGAUAGGCCCCAAGAAAUCUGGAUUGCUGAAGAAAGACCAAGUCGGCAAGUCCAAGACGCAGAAAGCGGCUCUAAAACCCGGGCAGAAGAGGAAGGCUUAUCCUUGCUCAGCAGUUACGCUGGAGCUGGCACCCAAGAAAGCCAAGGCAAAACCAAGAGAUGUCAGAAAGGCCCCCCUAAAACAAGGCAAAGUUGCUGGGGACCGUCUCACCAGCAAAGGCCAGAAGGUCAAACACAGUGAGAGCAAGCAAGGAGCAGAUGCCCAUGGGAAAACCAAAGGUGUGUGUGAGAAAUCAAAGCCCUCGGCCAACAAGGUCCAGAAUAGUGUUGCUUCCCUCGCCAAUACUGAGACAGUUGUUCAGGGGGCUAAGACAGUACAGAAGACCAAAGCGCCCACUCCUUCCCAGGACAUGGGACACAAAGCACAACCCACACCUAGGGCCAGGAAGACAAAGACUCCUGAGAACCCCAAAAGACCUGAGUUACCCCCCAAGACUUCAUCCAAAGCUCCCAGCAAGAAGGCUGAGGCUAGGAGCUAG